AUGGAAGAAACGGUGCUGCAGACUGUGGAUGGAGAGAGGCAGAGGGAGACGGAAACCAGAGAGCCUGAUGUCGUUGACGGGAAAGCUGCAGACCUAAACAUCCACCACAAGAGGGCAGCAGACAAACACAAGUACAGCACAAUCGGCCAUCAGAGGCGAACGAAGCAAAAGGUCGCAAAUGACUUUGGAACUCUGAGUAAAGGAACUUCUGCAGGAGCCAAACCCAGAACUGCACUCAAACAAGUCCUGUUCAGCCAGGGAGUGUCUGACAAAGCGUCUGAGGAGCGAAGUCAACUGGAUGGGUUGAAGCAAGUCCUGGAGGCCUUCUCUCUGUCAGAGGAUCUCAGGUGGAGAUGGAACGAGGAAAGUCAGGGAACCACGCUGGAGACGAGCUGGACAGAUAUAGUGCAGUCUCAUUCAACAAUGUCAAAAAUCCAGAGACACCAGCAGGAGGCGCUGUGGGAGUUUGUCUAUACUGAACUCAUCUUCAUCAACAAGCUGCUUAUUAUAAAAGACUUGGUUAUUGCGGCUCUUGUCCAAUUGCACCAAAAAGGAUUUCUCCAGGAGGUGACCCCCGAGCAGCUUUUCUCCAACCUCCCCUCCAUCCUCGAAGAACAUCAGCAGUUCUGGCAGGAGGUGGUUUAUCCGAUGUUACAGGAAGCGCGAAAAACAGGCAAGCCCUUUGACCCCAUGAGGUUAGACCCUGGAUGUCUCCAGUUUCAUAAACGCUUCUCUUCCUAUCAUGAAUACUGCCUGAAGGAGGAAGACAAUCUUGAAUUCUCGCGCAGGCAGAUGGAGAACAACCUACAUUUCUCCACUUACGUCCAGUGGGUAGAGAAUCAUCCUCAGGGCGAUCGGAUGCGUCUUGGAGACAUGCAGGCCAAACCCCAUCAGAGGAUCACAAAGUAUCCCCUGCUGCUCAAAGCUGUGCUCAAACACACUCAGGACCCUCCUGUGGAGCACACACUCAGAGGCAUGUUGUUCAGUGUAAAUAAUUUUUUGGAAGGUAUCAAUGACUACCUGCGACUAAAAGAUGAGCAACACGCACUCAACAUCUCUGCUCAGAGGUUGGAUGGGUAUGAGGUGGAUGGACUAAAUGAGGAAAUCGACAGGCAUGUCCAAGAAGUCUGCAAGUUUGACCUAACGUGCCCCAUCAAAGGUGUAGGUUCUGAAGUUGUACGCAAGCUGCUGCGUGAGGAGAGCUUGAAGGUUCGAGGCAGGAAAGACAGUAAACUGGAGUUGGUGGCUCUGCUUUUCUCAGAUGUGCUUCUACUCACCAAAGUCCAGAAGAAAACAGAGCGGCUGAAGGUGGUUCGACCUCCUCUGGCCCUCGACAGGAUGUACUGCAUACCACUGAAAGAUGGCUAUUCAUUUCUCCUUGUGGAGGUAGGUGAGCUUCAGAGUGCUAUGAAUGUCGUCAUACUUGUCGCCAGCACCUCAGAGAAUUGCUCCAUAUGGGUGUCCACCAUCGACCAAGCGAAGGAAACACUGAGGCAGUUGAGAGAGGCAGAGCACCACAGACAGGAGACAGAGACAAACCAGCAAAAUGAAAACCCUGUUAAAGAAGCAAAGACAGACGAUGUGGAGACAGAAGAACAACCUGUUGCACAGCCAAUGGAGACCUCGAUGGACGAAUCCACUGAUGAUACUUUUAUCUCUAACUUGAUAAAUGGGUUGGCAGAGCCAGAACCGUAUCAAUCUCCAGAUGAGAUGACCACUAAUAAAAGUGAGUUACCUUUUUGGUGCACAGAGCCCAAUAACACUGAGGACAAAAUCGGGCGCAAGAGGCGUUCACCGGCUUUCAGGGGACAUGAAUGGAUAGAAUUGGGAGUGAGACAUGAUCAAAGUGGAAACCAGGGGGAGGAUGAAGACAGAAUUGUUGAAUCUCAGAUGACAGAGGAGCAGAGCAUGACUUUGAGACAGUCUUUCCCUCCUCUGGAUUCUCUCACAAGUGCUGCACUGCCAUUUAAACACAACACCGUGAGAAAAUACAGUUUUUUACCAGGUGAACUCCCAGAUGUUGACUACCCAACAAAUGAAGAUGACACUUUACAAUCUAAUUAUCAACCGAUAAUAAUGAAGGGACCUGAGUUUUUAAGACAGCAGACUCAACAAGAAAUAUUAACAAGAAAAGACUCAGAUUCCCUCUCCGUGAACCAGGACGCAGGGAGAAAUUCCAGUGGCAGUCUGUUUGGAGACACUAAGACACCUCAACAGGCGUGGGUCUCCAGAAAUAUAAAGUCUCCUGGGAUACAACGGAGGAGACCAGUCAGCACAAAUCCAGCCACUUUUCGCACAUCUAAGGAGUUUUUUCAGAGUUUGGAACAAACUGGGGCUGCUUCAAACAACUACUCUUCCUCUAAUUUUGGCUCAGACUACAACCCAAAGCUGAAAAGAAACUCUCUUCCUAUCUACAUGCCCUGCCAAUCUGAUCCACAGCAGACAGUCAAACUGGGCACCCUGAAGUCAAACCCAGACACGUUUUGGAAUGAUAGAGUCUUUUCUGAUCCCCAAGCCUUCUCUGAAUCUGAGCUGCCUGACAGGAAGUUGGAAAACAAAAAGCCCAAAAUAAAAACCCACAGAAGUUCUUCUGUUUCCAACAUGAAACCAAAAGGAAAAGCCAAACUUCGCCCCAGUAGCUUACACUCGCCACCCCAAACAGACGAUGAACAUUCCUCACGACUGGAGGGCCUUUUAGAAAGAGCGAAAAACAGAGACAGGGGGAGAGGAGGAUUUAAAAAAGACAGAAAUUUAAAAACAACAACUCUGAGGUCAAGAUACCCUUCUCCUUCUCCCUCAUUUUCUGCCACAUCUUCGCCGUCACGCAGUGAUGGAGACAGAGACACAGACUUGGAGGAAGUGGAAGUAGCAAGACCCAAGGCCCUCAGCGUGAGUCAAGGAUGGAAGGAGCAGCUGGUAGAUGGAGAUGAAGAUGAGCAGGGGAACAGUGUGUUUGCAGAAGGUGUAAAUGUGGAUUGGCCCGGCUGGUGCUUUGAUGACGAAGAAGUUAAUGAUCAUUUACGUCCUUCCACAAAUGGUUUUCUGGAGGAAAUCAACCAAUCUUUGGCCUUGUGUGGUAUCAGCGAACUGUCGGAGCAAGAAGAUGGCGAGUGCAGCCAGGUGUAGCGUGAAAGCGGCAUUGCAGCUGUAGCCACAGAGUGGUUUCAGCGCUAAACUGCCAGCCAGCUAGCUGAGGUCAGUCGCAGUGGGUUGGCUAAAAACUGUCGGAGCAAGAAGAUGGAUGUGGAUCUUAAUUUCAGAGCGAUGAAUUGACAAGGAUGGUAGACUUUUUAUAAAAAGUUGAAGCAACCUAAGGAGGGAAAGGAGAUUUACAAAAGAUACUUCUUUGCACAAAUAUUUUAUUUGUAGCACAUCGGUCCUCACUGUCUGAAUUUUGGACCAUUAAUUAUUCUGAAGUGAAUGUAAAAUAGCGAUAAAUGUAGUCAGU